AUAAAACCUAUAACGGGAACACAGAAACAGAAGCAAAAAUAAUGUUCACGAAUAAAUGACUCAGGCUACUUUUGGAGUAAAAUCCAAAAUUAUGCGCAGGUGUCUGGGAAGAGAAAUCGACCAAUGAAAUGUCCUGUGACAACAGGGCUGGGAGGCAAAAAUCGCGACCAAAAUAAUGCCAUGCAUAAGAUGCUGAGCGGAAGAGAGUUGACAGCACAGCAGACGAUUAGCUACCAUGGAAAGUGAGCAUGAGAGACUUACAUCAUCUGUGAGUGAGCAGCAUGGCAACAUGGCAGCCUCUGAUACCAAUUAUCCCACCUUCAGCCAUGAAUGUGAUGACAACGCACUGACAAAAAAGAAAAGAAAAUGCUGGUCCUUACCAAAACGCUAUAUUGUAGCCUUGCUGGCUUUCCUUGGAUUUGCUAACAUAUACUCCAUGAGAGUGAACCUCAGUGUUGCCAUUGUUUCCAUGACAAGCAACAAGACCAGAAUCUACAAUGACUCUCUUGUGGUUUAUCCACCCGAUUACCCUUGGUCCUCAGAGCUUCAAGGACAGGUGCUUGCAUCUUUCUUCUAUGGUUAUAUACUUUCACAGCUGCCAGGAGGUUUUUUAGCCAAUCGCUUUGGAGGAAAAUAUUUCUUUGGUGGUGGAAUUUUUCUGACAGCCAUUCUGACACUUUUGACUCCUUUGUUUACUACAUGGAGUGUCUUUCUCCUGAUUGGAGCCAGGGUUUUUGAGGGUCUGUUUGAGGGUGUGACCUAUCCAUCUAUUCAUGCCAUAUGGGCCAAAUGGGCACCGCCACAAGAAAAGACAAAAUUGGCUACAUUUGCAUUUGCCGGAUCUUACUUUGGCACAGUGAUUUCUCUUCCUUUGUCUGGAGCUCUUGCAGAUAGCCAGUCAGGCUGGCAAGCUAUUUUUUAUGUACUUGGCUCACUGGCAGUCGUAUGGUUCCUGGUGUGGAUGGUUAUGGUUACUGAGAGUCCUGCAAUGCACCCAGCGAUCUCAAACAGUGAGUUGGAGCUCAUCCAGCAAUCUAUAGGCUACACGGAUGAACAGACCAAGCGGGUGCACCCUCCCUGGCUGUCAAUGCUGGCGUCAGGACCAGUGUGGGCUAUCACAGCAGCACACUUUGCUGAGAACUGGGGUUUCUACACCUGGCUGACAGGUCUGCCAACCUUCAUGGAGCACAUCCUACAUGUAACUUUAAUACAGGGUGGAUUCUUCUCAGCUCUGCCGUAUCUGGUGAUGUGUAUAAUUGUCCUAUCAGGGGGCAUACUUGCUGACAUGCUGCGAGCUAAAUUUAGCGUUCCGACUGGUGUUGUUCGCAAAGUGUUUACCUGUGGAGCCUUUGCCAUUCAGGCAAUCUUCAUGGUGGCAGCAGGCUAUGUUAUGACAAAGGCAGCAGCAAUAUCUUGCUUGACUAUUGCUGUUGGGAUUGGUGGUUUUGCGUGGUCAGGAUUCUCUGUGAAUCACUUGGACAUCGCACCUCAGUUUGCAAGCAUUUUGAUGGGCCUAUCUAACACAUUUGCAACUCUGCCUGGCAUUGUCAGCCCUGCCUUCACAGGAGCUGUUGUCACAUCACAGGAUGAUGCUGGCCAAUGGCAGAUCAUCUUCUAUGUGGCUGCAGGGAUCUACGUCAUGGGGGCUGUGGUUUAUGGUAUCUUUGCGUCAGGUGAUCGCCAAAAAUGGGCCGAGGUACCACUUGGGUACCAGCCAUAUUUGGAAGAUCCAGAAAAAGAUCACUAAGUACUGUAUUACAUAGAAAUUUCAAGCUUUCUGUGAAAUACCAAAAUGGCAUUGGUCCCUUUUCCUCUCCACAGAUGCAUGUAUAUCAUCAAACCAAGGAAGUUCUAGCUGCUGAUAAGCGCAACAUUUGCUGCAUCAAAGGAAUCACAUUUAUUUAAUGGUCAACCAGUUCAUUCAUUUGUAGCCAGUUCCUGACACUAGAUUAAGAUUCUGCAGUGUUGUUUUUCGCUACUGGAGAACCAGAUUGUUAGUGUUAUUUCUGUUUGGUGUUAUUUUCAUUGAUUUGUCAGGCGGUUGGUCCUUUUCAAAAGAAACUUUACAUUGUGAUUUCUAUUGUGCAAAAGAUUUUUUAUCAUCAUCUCUUCUUUCAUAUCUACUUUUUAUGAUUUUUCUCUUUAGUUUACAAAACAAAAGGAUUAUGUCUGGAAAACACUGUAAUAACUGCCAUGAUGCCAGUGCUUAUUUUUCUGGUAAGCUUAGAGAAUGAACUUCAUUGGAGAGUGAGUGCCCAUGCAUGUGUGUGUAUAGGAUUGAUGCUUUGAGUCUUCAGUCAUCUGUUUAUUGCAGGUAUCUGCUCCAGCUGGAUGUGCAAUAAUACAAGGAUGUUUUACCAGCUUUUAUUUAAAUGCUGGCAUUUCCUCACAAGACUUGCUAUAGGCCUUUACAAAUAAGAGGGACUAAAAUCCAAAGAUAAUAUUUUACAUUUCUUCAAAUCUACAUUCUGCCUCAUGGGGUGUUUUCCACUUUGUAAAAUGGAAUCUUAGCCACCAAAGUCUUUGACAUUGCUGUCUUGCAAUGUAUUUUUCUGUGAUAAUCCCAUUUUAUUUAUAUUUUCUUCAGACUAUCAUAAAUGACACAUACAUGCAUUAUAAUGAUAGCUGCACUUAUGUAGUGCUUUUCUCCAUCAUCAGCUGGACUCAAAGCACUUUACAUGCAGGUGCACAAGCACUCCUUUUUAGGGCAGGCAUCAAAUGCACCUUUACGAAGAGGCAUACACAGAGACAUGCAGACAAUGCACAACAAAAUAGAAAUAAAGUUGAUUGAGAGAGUGUUUUACCCAGCUUAUUUAAAGAUUUCUUAUUAUGUGCUGUAUUAAUAUGCAUGCUCAUUUACAAUGUGGAUAAAUGUGGAUGUUAUGCAACAUUCGUGAUUAAGUUUGAGGAUAUAAAAUUAAAAUGCAGAUAAGAUUAUUUAGACAUUACUUAACACUCCAAUGACCAUCUUGCAGUUUUUUUUUCUUGGAUCUGCCCAAUUGCCCUGUAUCACAACUUUCUGCAGAAAGAACAUAAAAUUAGCACAUUAAUAAGGUGUCUGCUUGUUCAUUGUCUCUUUGUUUACCAGCGCACAUCAGUUGAUUGUGCUUUAUUAUGAUCUUUUGCAGAAGUUAUGUGUUUUUAAAGCUACGAUUCUUGUGACUGAUGUUUGUGCUCUGUUGCAAAUUUUUGAAGAAAUCAUGUUUGAAAAAAAUACAUACAGUGCAUUUUAACGAUUUAAGUGAGCAUCUUUUCUAUCAUGUUACGUGUAUUCAUCGAUUGCUCUCACCUGGAGAGUUAAAUAUAUAAAUCUUCAGUCAAGUGCAAAAGUGGCUCAGUAAGCAUGACCAAGCAAAAGUGAAAAAGACAAAGAAAUGCACUGUGUGGUUUUUAGAUACAUGGAAACAACAGGUUGUUAGCUGCCAAAUAUAGCUGGUCAUGGCAUUCUUCAAGUGCAAGUCUGUUGCACACAGGGGAAUAAGCAGUGAAUUGUAGAGGAGGUACACCUCAUCGCAUGGCCUGUGAUCAAUAAUAAUAAUGAGCUUUUGUUUCAUGUGCAAGAUUGAACAGAUUGCCAAAAAUUUUGGAAAUGCUGUAGCAUAAUAUGUAAUACUGCUGACAUUUUUCAAAAUCAACCUUUUUUUUGGUUAAAAUGUGCACCUACCUAAAAGUUAUGAAAAAAUGGCUCAGUUUUUAUUUCCUACAGCAGUGUAGCUGCAAAGAUUAAUGAAUUCAUUUAUAUGAAAUGACACUAACAUACAUGAUUUCAGCACACAUGGACACAAACACACAGAUCACCCUGUGUAAUGAGCUGUUACUAUAUCCUAGGGGAAAUGUGAGCCACCUUAACUAUGAUCAUACUUGAAAGUCACGUCAAUGUUUAUAGUUUGAAAUGUUUUUGUGAUUGCAGUCAUUUCUGGUUGUGACAAAUAUAUAUCGUCAUAGAGCAGAGAAAAUUA